GGGGGAGCGUUGAUGAUGUUGUAUUUUUCUGCGAUAGCCUGAGCCGGGGUGGAGGACGGGGUCAAGGCGGAGGGAUCGCUUACGUACCACCGAUAGUGGUGAGGAGACCCACGACGCGCGAGGCUUUCGCUGAGCACCACUCACACUCUCACCAAGCAGUGGCACGUACGAAUACUCGUACGCCCUCGAGCACGAGCACUAUUCAGAAUCCCAAAGCGAGUGUUAAGUGGAGAAUAGCGAACAUGCCUGAUGAGGAGGAGAUGGACACGAUCCCGCUCUCCCCGAUGUCUACGCAUGAAUCACGGUCGUCAUCACCCGUGUCUCCUCCGUCGCACCCGGUUGAAUCUUCGUACUCACACUCGUCUUCACGUUCUUCCUCGCAUUUAGAGGCCUCCCCUCGUACUCUCUCCUCUCAACGACCACGCUCGCCUCACUCGCCCCUCUCGCCCUCCUCCAUAAUAUCCAGCUACUUCGACGUCGACGCUCCACGCGAGCAAGGUGGAAGUUCAAUGUCUACAGCCGGAUACCAUGCGGACGAUGCCUCCAGCUUGUAUUCUCACGAUGAUGUCGGUGUUAUGCAUACGAGGAGUACGAAGAAGGCCGUACGGUGAGGGAUGUGGAAGGAGGAGUGCGGUGAAUUAUGAGUAACAGGGAAAUGAUGUACUGGUGGUAUGUUUGUAGGAUUUAACGACAGAUGGGUUAGAAAAUGGGAUACGUGAUAUUUACACUAUGACUAUGGUAUACCAGAACAUGACCAAAUUUUGCCAGUGGAUUUCGUUCAAUCAUCAUGGCAAUGUCGAUGGCGAGGCCCAACAAAAUUUAGUCUCCCUUACUAGUCCAACAUCGAUGAUAGUCAAUCAAACGUCGAGCUCUGCCACAUUGCAACAUUUUGCGAAAGUCGCCUACACGGUGUGGCAAUGGAUCAAGAAGAUCAUCACCAUCCAUGGUCGUGUCAAGCUCUAUAAGAGGGAUGAAGAGAUGCGUGUCACUCGGAGAUAAGUAUGGAUGGAUAUGUUCGGGAGAUUAAUAUCCAUAAUGGCAAUGCAAUGCCUUUACAUUACCUGCAUAACCUGCGAAAUCAACCGAUAAGCCCUCCAAAAGGCUUAAAAGCCCUGCUUAAGGUGCAACGGAAUGGACUUCAAGGAGCUUGUUCCAGCUGCAUAACGCUCGUCUACUAUUCACAUCAACGAUACUCCUCGUAAGGAUCAGUCAUUCAAGUCAACAUGAAGGUAAAAGGACAGAGAUCUUUUAUCAUUGGGUGCAGUUCUACUGCUUUCAUUAAGCCUAGAGGACUGAGAACUACAGAAGAUAUGGGCCUCGAAGCGGGAACAAAGGCACUUCUUGAUGCUGGCCUCACAUACGAUGAUAUUGAGACUGCAUUCGUCGGGUAUUGCUACGGAGAUUCAACAAGUGGCCAGAGGGCACUUUACAAUCUUGGUAUGACAGGUAUCCCAAUAAUCAACGUGAACAAUAAUUGCUCCACCGGAAGUACGGCAUUAUACCAGGCUAAUAACCUUGUGAAAUCUGGUCUGGUAGACUGUGCUUUGGCUCUAGGAUUUGAACGCAUGUCACCUGGGAGUAUUCAAGUUGGCACCAAUUUUCCAGAUAGGCCCUCCCCUGUAGGGCUUUUUAGUGAGAGGACGAAAGAACUCGAGGCCUUAAUGACGGCUGGGACAAACUUUGGACCAGAAGCUCCGAGGAUGUUCGCGAACGCUGGGCAAGAGUACUUUGAAAAGUACGGGGGAAGCAUAGAGCAUCUCGCCUCGAUAGCAUCGAAGAAUCACAAACACUCCGUGAAUAACCCUUACUCUCAAUUCCGAAAUGGGUGGACCAAGGAACAAGUUCUCCAGGCUCCCAAAAUAAACAAUCAGCUUACGAAGUUCAUGUGUAGCCCAACUUCUGAUGGGGCAGCUUGUUGCAUUGUAGCAUCUGAAGAUUUCGUACAUGCUCAUAGGCUCGAGAAUCAAGCAAUCGAGAUUGUAGCUCAAGCAUUGGAAACCGACCAACCACUAGCAUUUGAAGGGCGCAGUGCCAUGGAAGUGGUUGGAUAUGGGAUGUCGGAGAGGUGUGCAGACAAGGUCUUUCAACAGGCUGGAUUCCACGAAGGUGAGGGAAGAGACCAAGUGGGCGUAAUCGAACUCCACGACUGUUUUGCCUCCAACGAGCUCAUUACAUAUGCCGCUUUGGGACUUUGCAUGCCCGAUGAAGCCCAUAAACUAGUAGAAAGGGGUGAUAACACGUAUGGCGGUAAGUAUGUGGUGAAUCCGAGCGGCGGCCUUGAAGCCAAGGGUCACCCCCUCGGAGCAACUGGGUUAGGCAUGCAUUUCUUUAUCACCAUGCAGCUACGAGGCUGGGCUGGUCCGAUGCAGGCGCCAGCAUUAUUCGAAGGCGCAGAUAAACGUGGAAAGUAUGGCCUCAUCCAUAACAUUGGUAUCGGAGGAGCUGUGGUCAUUAGCCUUCUCCGCCGUCCCGAGUUCUAUAAGCCUGGCGGUGAAGAUGGACGAAUCAGACUGGGAUAUAAUCACGCACACGAAUGUCGACCAAUCACUCGCGCCGACGUCUACAAGGUGAAAUCCAAAAGGUCGUCAGCCUACGUACUCAAACGCGCUAAGUUGUAGAAUCUGCAAUGGAAUGAUGUCGUUGAAUAUUUAUUGAAAUAAUAUUCUGACGGCUGUGGGCAUUUUGUAUGCUGUCAUUGUUUUCCAUACUUGUCGCAUGUAUGAUACUAGCUGAAGUACGAAUCAGGAUUAU